AUGAAAAUUCUAAUUUUACCAAAGGAAAUUCUAAUUCAUAUUGUCCAAUAUGCCAUUGAUCGAUUGGAUGUGAUUCCAAUACUCUCUCACGUGAACAAGGAGUUUAGAGAAAUUAUUAUGGACAAUGAUGUUUGGAUUCAUGUUGCAAAUUUGUUGGACUCUAACAAGAGCAUGACACCCAUUCAGGCCAUUGUGAAUGAGAAUCGCAACACUCAGGAAGGCAACCAUACUAUUUUCAUGAAAAUCCAACAAUACUUUCAGUCCCUCAGAUAUAUUCAAUAUAUUCAACUAGUGAAGGAAGAUAAUUGUAGUAAGCCUGAAACCAUGGUGUUUGAUCCAUUUUCCAAGUUGGCCAUGGGAGAUUCCAAAUCUUUUUCCGAUUUGAUUGAUUUGUUUGGAAUCAACUCAUUCCGUGCCUAUCAUUUUGUUAGUAAGGGCACAGAUGAAAAGAUCACGGAUGCCGCCUGUGCUGCAAUAAUGGAUACGAUGGGAUUUGAUAGUGGCAAGAAAUUUGGUGAGACCAUUAUUCAAGCAUCGUUUGUAGUGGGUGAGGAACCAAAUGAGAGAUGGGUCAAUGCAUACCUUAUCACAUUCAAUGAUAAGAAUCAACAAGUACAGGAACCUCCCUUGCUGACUUGUCCUGCUCUCAAUGUCACAGUCACUUCUCCAACUCCGGCACAACAGCAAUCAUAUUAUGAUCUCAUUGACAGGAUGAAAGAGUUACUUUCUACUAGGUUUGAAAGAAAAGCAAGCUUUGUUUGUUUUGAGAAGGUUCACAUUAAGAGAAGCAAGUUAUUCAAAAUUACAAAAAAGGAGGAGCUCAAAAACAAACGGAUGAAGCAAAUGGCCAAACAGAAGCGAUUUGAAUUUUGGUUUGGAGAUCAAACAUCGAAUAAUGGUGCCAAUGGUGAGUCUUUUUUUAGGUUUGUCAAACCUUUUUCUGCUGUUGUGUAA